CCUCUGUAGUAGUAAAACUGUUUAUAGUUGGCGCGCCAGUUAUUGUUCGGCGUUAGUGGUUUGCAAAUAAUAAAAUACCCAAAAAAAAAAAAAGAGAUAUAUCAUUAAUUAAAUUUAUUAAACAUAAUGCAAGCUUUUCUUAAAACAGGCAAAACUACUGUGCACGAUAAAGCGCAAGCCAGUACCAGCAGCGCAGCAGCUGGUAGUAGUGAACGCCGUAAGCCACCAGCGCCAUGGGUUGAGAAAUAUCGUCCGAAGAGUGUUGAUGAUGUAGUCGAACAAUCGGAAGUUGUCGCAGUCUUGCGAAAAUGUGUAAAAGGUGCAGAUUUACCCAAUAUGCUGUUAUACGGACCGCCCGGCACAGGUAAAACAAGUACCAUACUUGCGGCGGCGCGUCAAAUAUUCGGUGAUCUCUAUCGUGAACGCAUACUCGAACUUAAUGCAUCUGAUGAACGUGGUAUUGCAGUAGUACGUACAAAAAUCAAGAAUUUUGCUCAAUUAACAGCCAGCAGUACACGUCCAGAUGGACGUCCAUGUCCACCCUUCAAGAUAAUCAUACUCGAUGAAGCUGAUUCGAUGACACAUGCUGCACAAGCAGCCUUACGUCGCACCAUGGAAAAGGAGAGUCGCAGUACGCGUUUCUGUUUAGUUUGCAAUUAUGUGUCACGUAUUAUUGAGCCCAUCACAUCGCGUUGUACGAAAUUUCGUUUUAAGUCAUUGGGUGAUGAGCAAAUUAUAUCCCGUUUACGUCAUAUAUGUGAACUAGAAGGUGUAAAGAUUGAUGAGAGUGCUUAUAAAUCGAUUGUAGAGAUUUCCGGCGGCGAUAUGAGGCGAGCUAUAACCACACUACAGUCGUGUUAUCGCCUAAAGGGUGCCGCAAAUACUAUUACUACAGCCGAUUUACUAGAAAUGUCUGGUAUUAUACCUGAAAACUAUUUAAUAGACUUUUUAGAGGUGUGCCGUGCCGGCAAUUAUUCGAAAUUGGAAGAUUUUGUCCGACAAAUUGGAUAUGAAGCUUAUAGUAUUGGACAAAUGUUAGAGCAAUUUAAUGAAUAUGUACUGCGUUGUCCAUCGUUAACUAACAAACAGAAGGCUCUGAUCUGCGAUAAACUAGGCGAGUGCUCAUUCCGUUUACAGGACGGCGGCUCGGAAUAUCUACAAAUAAUGGAUUUGGGAUGUGCGAUUAUCUUAGCAUUAAAAUAAAGUUCAGUAGACUGUAUAUGUUAUCGUUGUAUAAUAAAAAAAUUUUAAUUUUUUCACAAA